UUUGCUGCCGCUGUUUUAGAAAAUCUAGCCCUGGUGGCAAAAGCAGUGGUUGAGUGCUUGACUGCUAACUUAACGGUCAGCAGUUGGAACCCACCAGCACCCAAGUGAGAGAAAGACCUGGCAGUCGGCUUCCACAAAGAUUACAGCCUUGGAAACCCUAUUGGGCAAUUCAGUGAGUCAGAAUCAGCUGGGCACACAAUGACAAAUCUUUCAGUUACUCGUUUAAUCAUAUAAUAUCUGUAUCUCCCAUUUCGUCAUUCAUCGUUUUGAAUUGCUUUUGAAAAUAAACUUUUGAAAUAAGAUAUUACUAUCUAACUUCCAUGAAACAAUUCCGUAACACCUAGGCAGAACUGUUUUGCUUGUACGGAAUCUCCGAGUUUUAACGAAAUUUCACGCAGCUCUAGAGAAGACUGAAAUAUGAACAGUCCCUCCCUUGAAAAUUAUGUGCUUCUUCAACCACAUUUUUCACCAGGCUUUUCCUUUUUUGCAGAAGUGUUUUUCCUAUUGAUGUUUACUUACAACACCCAGAAAUUGUAAAGAUAAAACGGGCCACCAGAGCUUCACACUUCAUGCUUUCAUAACUUCACGCCUUCGCUUGAGGCUCCGCGGCCAUAGUGCCAGGUAUGUGUUUUCGCCUCUGAAAACUGUUAAACAGCCUCCCCAAAGUGACGAACUCGAUGGAGGCCCAGUUUUCAGGGCCGGGGUGUCACCGAAAAACGGGCAGCCAACGCCACCUCCCGCACGCUAGGCGCCAAGCGCUUACCAGGGAACGCGCGAGGCCAGCAGAGACUACAAUUCCCAGCAGGCGUAGCGGGAGCGGCAAUCGCUCAUGCGCAGUCCGGACCGCGGAGUAAGACGUCUGGCUGCGGGGGGCUACUGGCGGCGAAAAAUGGUGGGACUGCGGUUCCGAUGCGGGAUAGGCGGACUCUUCAAGGUGCCGGCGACGCAGCAGCGCAGGAGCCGAGCCUACAGCGUGUCCCAGGACUUUGCGGAGGUACUGCGGAAGCCGAAGAGGCAGCUCACAAAGCUGGUCUUCCCGCUGCAGGAGCUCGAGCGGCAGCUCGCCCCGGACACGAGGCCUAGCCUUCACCUGAAGCUCUUCGAGCCGAGCCUGGAGGACAUAGCGAGAGCGGACGACCUGUUCACGGCCACCGACCGGCACCGCAUCGAGUACCUCAGCUCCGCGGUCCGCCUCGAGCACGCCCCGGACCUCCUCCGCCCUGAGGUGUGUUUCAUAGGCAGAAGCAAUGUUGGAAAAUCCUCCCUAAUAAAGGCUUUAUUUUCACUGGCUCCAGAAGUUGAAGUCAGAGUCUCCAAAACACCGGGGCACACAAAGAAAAUGAAUUUUUUCAAAGUUGGAAAAUACUUUACAAUGGUGGACAUGCCAGGCUAUGGCUAUAGAGCACCUGAAGAUUUUGUUGACAUGGUAGAGACCUAUCUAAAAGAACGAAGGAACUUGAUGAGAACGUUUUUGUUAGUGGAUAGUGCUGUUGGAAUUCAAAAAACAGACAAUAUCGCCAUAGAAAUGUGUGAAGAAUUUGCAUUACCUUAUGUGAUAGUAUUAACAAAAAUUGACAAAUCUUCCAAGGGACGUCUUUUAAAGCAAGUGCUUCAGAUCCAGAAAUUUGUUGACAGUCAAACGCAAGGAUGUUUUCCUCAAUUGUUUGCUGUAAGUGACUUUUAAGUACCUGAAAUGGAGAUAGGCAGAAUGAAAAAAAAAAUCAGAGGACCUGAACUAAGUUCUAGAUCACCAGUUCCAACACCUUGAACAAAAUCCUCCAAUUCCUCAUCUAUAAAACCGGAGUAAUACUGCCCACCUCAGAGUUACUGUGGACGUCAAGCCAGCUGUCAAAUGUAUUAUAGAUAUAAUGUAUUACUGAAAUGGCAAAACAGAGCAGGAGGAAAGACAACUGUAUUUCUAAGGGGUACAGAAUAAUGAUUUAAUGAAACUCCCAUUUGUUACCCUUCUUGUUAGUUUUUAAUCAUUAUAUCCUCUGCCUCACCCCACCCUGACUUUAAGCCCAGUCGUGAACAGAAUGCCUGUCUGCAUCUCAGGCUGAGUUUCUGCCCUAGAAGGACUCCCUUUCUGAUGGCUACAGGCCUUUAGGGGUCCCCAGUGUAAAACCUCUCCAAGCAGUUCAUCUCCUAGAAAUAUUCGACACCUUCUGCCCUGGCUUUUAAUGAAAGCCCUCAUUAUAUAUUACUAGUUUCCUAAAGAGGGAGUAUCUUCUCCAUAAUUUUUAAAAAAGAAAGUUUAACAGAUUUUGGGAAGUUAAAGUGAUUCAUCCUGAACAGAUCAACGUCUGUACCUACAGAUAACAAAUAACGGUGGAUGCAGAGUAUUUCUGGAAGGAUACAUAAAAACUGGCCAGACCGAUUGCCUCUGUGAAGGAGAAUUAAGGACCUACCUGUAUACUCAUUUGUGUGUGACAUUGCUCCUAUGGUUAUUAUUUUUUCAAUAAAAAAUAUAAAGCUCUAAACCGUCUAUCUUUACAUAAUGCUUCAUGCAGUGAUGGCACACGAUCACAGAUAGCCAUCCUUAAGCAGUUCCAUGAAUGUGAGAAUCAUGGGAAAAGAAUAAAUCAAUAACAUAGAGUCGAGCUCCUGUGAACAUUAAUGCUGACCCUGGC